CGCGACUUAAUUCCCGAGUCUUGUACAAGACAAAACGUUCAUAGUGCAGUGAUGGAUGCGCAAGUGUGAAACUUAAAACCUAAUUAAUGGGUUUAAUACGAGGUUUUAAUUAAUAAAUAAUGUUUUAUAAAUUGAGAUAGAAAGUACAAAAAAAUAAAAAAAUGUAAAUUAAUAGAACUUUUGAUAGUUCAGACUAACACAUUGUGACAUCAAACACAAUUGCCCGACAAUGCAUCAAAAUUGUUUAAUGGUUAAUCAUGAUUUUAUUAAUAAUACUUGAGGAAUACAGCUAUUUUUGGUAGUACGCUAAAUUUAAGUGAAUAAAUGCAUCAUAUUAUUUGAAAUGGCUACUGCAUCUGGUAGUAAAAAUCAAUAUUUUUCUAUUGACGACGCAUUUGAAGAAGAAACCGACGAAGCCAUCAAAAUAUACGGCUUAAGUAACAGCAGAUUACAAUCCUGCGAGAGUAUUUCAAAUGCGGAACGAGGUUUUUGCAACACAAAUAGAGGCUUUAAACAUGUUGCAGAUGAUGCAACAUCCAAAGAUAGUGAUUCAUUAAUACCUGAAUAUGCAUAUCCAACAAGUCAAGUAGGAAAUGGAUACUGGUGGCAACAUCCUAAAAUACAAGAGAAUUGGAAAACAGUUUUGUCAGCUGUAAUUUUGUUACUAGUUGGUAUUAUAUUGUUGUCAUUGGGGAUAGUGGCUAUGUUGAGGCCGGAAGACGGCUUACAUUGGGCAGUAUUCUUAUUAGCUGGCCUAAUUUGCUUCAUACCUGGCGCUUACCAUGUGGUGUAUAUUUGGCUUGCCGCUAGUGGCAAGAGAGGUUAUGAUUUUCACCAUUUGCCUUUAUUUACAUAAAUAUACAACAAAGACUACUGGUUUUUAACAUAGUGAGCGAACUUCUAAAAUGUAAUAAUUUAUAAUAUGAUAAUUACAAGAAGGCAACUAUUUUUUCUACAGGAAUGAUAUUUUACUAAUAAUGUGUAUUUGAUAACGGUUAACAAACCCAGGAUAGCCAUGAGAUAAUAAAAGUUAAGCUAGAUCUCCCAA